GGGAGGGGGUUUAGUACGAAUAAAAGUACUCUCGGGAGUUAUCUUCUUCCUAAUCGGCUCUUACUUUUUCAGUCCUCCAUCUUUUUUGAGGUGCAAUAAUGGCGGGAAAAGGUGGGAAGGGCCUAUUGGCUGGAAAAACAACCGCAGCUGCCGCUGCUGCAGCUAAUAAGGACAAAGAUAAGAAGAGGCCGAUUUCCCGGUCUUCUCGAGCCGGUCUCCAGUUUCCAGUCGGAAGAAUCCAUCGGCAUCUGAAAACGAGGACCUCCGCCAACGGCCGGGUCGGAGCCACGGCCGCUGUUUACUCAGCCGCAAUUCUCGAGUACCUAACCGCAGAGGUGCUCGAGUUGGCCGGAAACGCUAGCAAAGAUUUGAAGGUGAAGAGGAUCACCCCACGGCACCUGCAACUUGCGAUUCGUGGUGACGAGGAGCUCGACACGCUGAUCAAAGGGACGAUCGCCGGAGGCGGUGUCAUUCCUCACAUCCACAAGUCACUCAUCAACAAAACCACAAAGGAAUAGAUAGAUUCUAGAUAGGUUUCGACAACACUCUUAGUCUUGACCAUUUGACUUGCCUUUGGGACUUCAUCUGAUCUUAGUAGUUUUAUCUAAUUCUUAGUUUGAAGGAUUCAUGUACAUUUGCUACCUGCAUAAUAUUAUUACCUUGAAUUUUGAAGUGCAUGAUAUGGCAAAUACUCAUGUUUAUUU